AGUGUAGAGAUAAAGGGAGCUCCGAAGAGAAAGGUGAAGCUACUCCAGUCUUGGCAGUCGGAUGACGUGGCUGAAGGUUGCGGGCGCUCCGGCGUGAGUGCUGCUGAAUGCGCCCCUACACCGCCGCUCUGCGUUUUCAUUGGUCCAUUUCCACCACGUGACCUGAACUGACCAAUCCGGUGCGAGUGCGAUGAGCGGCCAUAUGCGUACGGACGUAGAGCAUCCCAAAAAUCGCCUCUGUCACACAACCAGGAAGAAGGUGGGAUAGCCCUCCCAAGCUAACAUCCCAAUCUUUCUGCACACUUUCUCCGACAAAUCAUGGGCCCGUCCAGGUUGAAAUCGGCCCUAGUGGCGUUUCUGGUAGCUUUGGGAUCUUUAUUACCGGUACACGCAGAUGAACACGAGCACACGUACACAGAUAAGGAGGAAAUAGUUUUAUGGAUGAACACAGUGGGGCCUUACCACAAUCGUCAGGAGACGUACAAAUAUUUCUCAUUGCCGUUCUGCGUCGGCAACAAGAAAACCAUCAGCCACUACCAUGAGACGCUGGGAGAGGCUCUGCAGGGAGUGGAGUUGGAGUUCAGUGGUUUGGACAUAAAGUUCAAAGAGGAAGUGAUGCAGACAACGUACUGUGAAAUUGAACUAGACAAGAACAAGCGGGAUGCCUUUGUCUAUGCCAUAAAGAACCACUACUGGUACCAAAUGUACAUCGACGACCUUCCCAUCUGGGGGAUUGUUGGAGAGGCGGAUGAGAAUGGAGAAGACCAUUAUCUGUGGACCUACAAGAAGCUGGAGAUUGGAUUUAACGGGAACAGGAUCGUGGAUGUGAAUCUCACCAGCGAAGGCAAAGUCCGACUUAUUCCAAACACAAAGAUCGCCAUGUCCUAUUCUGUGAAAUGGAAGAAGUCAGAUGUGAAGUUUGAAGACAGAUUUGACAAGUACCUCGACCCAUCCUUCUUCCAGCACAGAAUUCACUGGUUCUCCAUCUUCAACUCCUUCAUGAUGGUCAUCUUCCUGGUUGGUCUGGUGUCCAUGAUUUUAAUGAGAACACUGCGGAAAGACUACGCCAGAUACAGCAAAGAGGAAGAAAUGGAUGACAUGGACAGAGACCUGGGGGAUGAGUACGGCUGGAAGCAGGUUCAUGGAGAUGUGUUUCGGCCCUCCAGUCACCCACUUAUCUUCUCAUCUCUCAUCGGGUCGGGUUGCCAGAUAUUCUCCGUGUCCCUCAUUGUGAUCAUCGUGGCCAUGGUGGAGGAUCUGUACACAGAGAGAGGAUCCAUGCUGAGCACCGCCAUCUUUGUGUAUGCCGCCACCUCUCCUGUCAACGGGUACUUUGGAGGAAGCUUGUACGCAAAACAAGGAGGAAGGAGGUGGAUAAAGCAGAUGUUUAUUGGGGCGUUCAUGAUCCCUGCUAUGGUGUGUGGGACGGCCUUCUUCAUAAACUUCAUUGCGAUUUAUUACCACGCCUCCAGAGCCAUCCCCUUUGGGACCAUGGUGGCUGUGUGCUGUAUCUGCUUCUUCGUGAUCCUGCCUCUGAACCUCGUGGGAACCAUUUUGGGGAGAAAUCUUUCAGGACAGCCAAACUUUCCCUGUAGAGUCAACGCUGUCCCUCGACCAAUCCCUGAGAAGAAAUGGUUCAUGGAGCCAGCUGUCAUCGUGUGUUUGGGAGGAAUCCUUCCAUUUGGAUCUAUUUUCAUUGAAAUGUACUUUAUCUUCACGUCGUUUUGGGCUUAUAAAAUCUACUACGUGUACGGGUUCAUGAUGCUGGUGCUGGUGAUCCUGUGCAUCGUCACAGUCUGCGUCACCAUUGUGUGCACGUACUUCCUGCUAAAUGCCGAGGACUACAGAUGGCAAUGGACCAGCUUCCUGUCUGCUGCCUCCACGGCGGUCUAUGUUUACAUGUACUCCUUUUACUACUAUUUCUUUAAAACCAAGAUGUAUGGGCUUUUCCAGACGUCCUUCUACUUCGGCUACAUGGCAGUUUUCAGCACUGCUCUGGGAAUCAUGUGCGGUGCUGUGGGGUACAUGGGGACAAGUGCCUUUGUGAGGAAGAUCUACACAAACGUGAAAAUCGACUAAAGAUGUGAAACUACCACAGGAACAGGGAUCUGAGCGGAUUUGCCUCCAAGAAUCUGGGAAGACGGCGGCACAAGUCAUUCUUUAGUACUUUUCUUUUUUGCAAAGAGAUUGAGAGAAUCUCACUUUAUACAAUGUAGUUUUUUCCAUUUCUUUCUGAAUGAAUUUCUGCGCCGCUAAACGACAAGAGCAAAUCUGUGAGCAUAAGAGAGGUUUGGUUUUUAUCUAAAGCUUUCAAAAAUAACAUACUGCGGUUGGGGCAAUGGUGAAGGCUGCAUUGGCUCCUUAUUGGUUUCCUCCGGCCCAGUCCCACCUGAGACCAGUGAACAUACAUGUGUAUUGAUGGACAUAGUGUAGCUCUCUUCAGUGAAGAGGCCUAAGUGUAUUGAAAGCCUUUGUUUAUUGUGUCAGAGAACAUUGGAGUUGGGUCUGUGCCCGUUUUUCUGACGUCGUUUCUAUUUUGUAUUCUUGAAGUCACAUGGCGUUACUACCACAGUGCAGUAGUUUGUUCAGAUUUACUUUUCACCCCAACAAAAAUAAUUAAAAAUACUGUUGUCACUUACAAAUCAUUCCCCCAUUGCCAUUUACUCCUCUUUGAUUCCCUGUUACAGUAGCAGUCCAUGCCGUCUAUAUAUUUUAGUCUCGCGGUUUCACUGUACAGCCCAGAGGUGCAGUCAGAACUAAUUUUUUUACAAAGAGGACGUUUGCCGUGGUCCUGUUUCCCCCAUUUAAGUCUUGUUUUCUUAAUGUUUGGGUUUGAAUGAAGUCUACUUGUAAAGAUAAUAUAUGAAUGAGGGGGGAGUGUAUAUAACCUUAAUAAUGUACCUUUAGAUGUAGAUCCCAAAUGUAUUUUCGUUGUACAGGUUUACUACAGGGUGUUUGUUUUUUUUUGUUUUUUUUAAUGAAUCAUUCAGUUCAAAACAAAAGAUUAUAUUUUGGUUAUUUGGUUCAGUUUUUUUCCCUCUGUUCGGUGCUUGCGGUGGGGCUGGUGGCGUUGUUACAUCUUGCCUGAAAUUGCAUGAAGUUUUCACCAAACCAUAUUUCACUCUUCUCACUGCAGCUUUUAAUUUCCAUAGAAUAUUAGUACAAUAUUAGUAGUUUGGGUUUUUGAAAAAGACCUAUUUAUUCUAGUUGUGUAUUUAAUGUUUUGGGACAAGGUGUUUAUUGUAGCUCUUGUAAUUGGCUUUGGUGGGCAGCAAAGCGAAAGAGGUUUUCACAAUAUUAAUUCAGUUGUUACUUUAGAUACUGGCUCACCCUAUUGUACUCAUUUACCAAAACUACUGUUAAUUUUACGAAGUGGUUCAUUUUCCUUCUGUGUGCAAUUCUAGUGAAGCAUAAGUACUAUCAAGUUCUAUCACUAUUGCAUCUCUAUAUCAGUGUGUCAAAUGGACUGCCUAAAAGUUGAACAUUAAUACAGUUAAAAUUGCUUUCUGGAUGGCCAGUCUAGGCACUGUCUAAUGGGAAAAUAAGAUUAUCCAUUUGUGUUUGCUUUGAAACCAUUUCCAAUUAACACUUUAUUUGGUAGGUCAAAAGUCUAGAUUUUUGGUCCAUGAAGGCAAGGACCAAGCUGGACAAUAGAGAGAUCUAGGUAGGUUUAGAGAUUAUGUAGAAUUAGGGUAUGGUGUAGCAAGUAGACUAAGGGUUACUGCACUUGUAGCAACUGAGAAAGUGAAAGAUGUAAUGUAACAGCAGGUUUGAUACAGAUUGUGUUGUAGGCAGAAGUGAAUAUGUAAACGUGAGUAUAGCUAGCUUGUCUGCUCCCCAUUGAUUAUUACACGAGCUACAAACGUACACAGCUACUUUCAGUCCUUGUUUCUAAAACCCAAAUGAAAAUCGGCACCUCGAUUUAAAAACAUACAUUUUCCUACUCUUGGUUUAUUCCAUUAUUUAAAGCUUUAAGGCUCUACAUCUGCGGGUAAGCCAUCUCCCUCCUGUUUAGUUUUCUGCCUAACCCUAAAACAUCUUGUGAAUGUCAGAGGAAUGAGGCAGUGUGCUUUAUUUCUACAUACUGUACAAAGUGAAGUUUAUGGACACUUUUGAUGUUUUCAUAGCCACCAAACGAGCAGGAGUGUUUCGAUGCUUUGUUCCCACUUUGUGUAAAUACCGUAUAUACCCUAAAUGUAUGAGAAGUGGCAAUGCCUUUUUUUCUAAUUUCCAGUUCUCGCCCCACUGAAGUUGAUUUGGCACCUCAUGUUGUGUACCGAUGUCUGAUUAGACAUUUUGAACCUGCAUAUUAACUUGCUGUAAAAAGAGAAAAUAAACAUGUUUAUGUACAGGG